GAAUGUUGUUUUGCAUUACCUCCCAACGGUUUACGGCCUCAUUGCCGUUGGUAGGUGUUCCUGAGUGUCAGACUGCGAUGUACAGCAUAGGAUUCAUUCCCUGGCAGGGACUCCCAAGCUGAGAAGGAGUCCGGCGUUUCCAUCAGGAAGCCUUAAUAAGAGGGAACCAAUACCAAGACCCACCACUGUCCUGGUAUCAAAGUCGCAUGGUGGUAAAUGUCCCUCUGAUCCACAAGGGCUGCAGCUGGGGCAGACUUUGGCCAGGCUGAGCUCGGGAUUCCAAGGAUCUGUGGCAGGUGAAAUCGAAAUACUGGUGCCGAUAAUACGAAAUGCUUGCGCCACCGCUGAAGAGUCGAUCCUAGUCUGCAAUGUGUUCACACAGUGGAGCCGACAACUAGCUGUUGGUUUUCUUCAAUUAUUACUAGAAUUGAUUAUAACUUCCCAUUUUAUGUUUUGGACUCCUAGUGAAACUCCUUUCCGUAAGUGGUCAAUCGCCAUAAAGAACAUUCGCCAGAAUGCUAUCUUAACAACAUCUCGAGAGUGGAAUGACAUCCCGUCAAAGAGUGGUGACUCUGUGACGAGACUCGGUUCCAGAGUGUACCGACGAACAAUAUUGUAUAAGAGGAAAACACACGUACAGAACUUUUCACUGUUCAACAUUAACCAACGUUAA